CGUAAUAAGGAAGAUUCGCAAUUUUAUUUGUGAAAUUUUAGAAACAAGAUAAGUUUCCGGAGGAACUCUUUGGUUCAUGAGAAACAGCCGAAGAAAAAUUUCUACUAACAAAAAUUUACAAAAGGAGCUUUUUUCAAGAUUAAGACGUGUUAAAAAAUAAAUGACUCAGUAAAACAAUGACGAAUGCUUUUUUCCUUUGGAGUUUUCUUUGAAAAAAUCAAUUCUAGGGACAACGAUUAAAAUAAUACUACGGCUUGUACUAACUUGAGAUAAUGUUGGAAACAGAGAACACGGCUUGGGAUCUUAUCGAAGAUGCCUGCAAAGAAGCUCGAAAAAGAAAACGCAACUGCGAUCAGAAAGAGCAAAGUCUUUUGGAAAGACUACUCGACUGUUUCGUGGAUUCCGUUGAAGGGGCACCAAGUGAUAAGCGAUUUCGUCAUGGUGUCCACUUAUUGGACAAAGUUGUUCUUCAAGAUAACCUUUCAACGUUAAUCGUUAAUUUCCAUCCUUUGAACGAAGGUUAUUCCCUAAUGUUGAAAAGUGCAAGUGGUACAGAAGCGGAAACAGUACGCCUCCCUUAUGAAGAAACAGAAUUUCUCGACUAUCUUGAUGCUCAGCAGCUUCCUCCAAUGCUUGUUGAUUUGUUGGAGAAAUCCAAGGUUAAUAUUUUCUACGAUGGUUGUGUUAUCGUUGAAGUUCGUGAUUAUCGAUGUUGUGUAAAUCCCGGCAGCUAUGAUACCUCUUAUGUUCUAUUACGACCAACAUGCCAGACGCUGUUAGCAGAUGUAAAUGCACUGACUCAAAAUGGAGACUGGACAUACGAAGAUAAACUCAAAUUAGAAGCAGACCUUUUACUGAAAACUCAAAGUCCAUUAUGUCUUGAUCCGUCAACAGAAGUUUUUAAAAUUUUAAACAAAAUGCAUUUCAAUAGAAACAAGUAUAGAACUACUCUCCUACAAAGAAGUUUCAAGCGACGUUUUCGUUCUUAUAUUUCUCAAAAUCGUUCGUCGUUACCCGUGCCAUCAUGCUUAAAAUUGGUCGAUUUCUUGGCUCAUCACAAGCAUACCCAACCACCUGUAAACUUAAGACUUUCCAAAUCAUCUUAUAAUGGAGUCGACACUUGGAAACAACGUACCUUAUCUUUACCACCACCAAGUGAAGCCAUUCAGGUGAUGAAAUUUUCAAAAAAAGUCGAGGCGAGCAAGUUGGAUUCAAACAGUGCUCCAGAAACGGUGCAAGAAAUCGUUCUUGAAGCUGAAAAAUCUGAGAAUCAUAACUAUCAUUGUCGAGUGACAAUACAACGGCGUCCAGCCGACCUUCAGUAUCUUGGAGAGUUGUCUUUACACGAGGAUGCUGCGACGAAGGAAAUUACGCAGAAUAAGGAAAAAUGCUGCAAAUUCUUCCUCGGCAGUAAACUGAGUGCGCAAAGGUAUCUUCAACAGUUUCAAGAUUUAUACACAGAGGAGGGAAGAAAAUCUGUUAAAAUAUCGAGUUAUAUUCCUACGCAACAACAAGCCAUGAUUCAAGCUCAAAAUAAAAACAAAAUAAAAGCGGAACCAAGUCGAACUCCGAGUCCCUGUCAGGCUCAGAAAACGGAAAACAAAGCAAUGGGAACUACAGUCAAAACAAGUAACCUUACAAAUACUGGAAACAAGAUGGCAUCGAAUGUGAUUGCUCAUAGUGGAUCAAGUCAAUCAAUUUCUGGUAAAAUUCCAAUCUAUAACACAACUGGAAGUACAGGAAGUAUAGUUAUGUCCAACACCUCACAUAGUGGUAUGACAGUACAAGGUAAACAAUACGUGACAGCCAUUCCAGUUCCUUCAUCAUCUGUGCAGAAUCAACAAGAUCUACAACCAACCGUCUCCUAUCAACAUAAUGUUGCCUAUGUUCAGCCAAAAGUCGUUGCGCUGGGCAACACUGCAAUUCCUGUGGUAACAACACCCAUUGCACCAAACACGAACAAAACAAAUCCAGGAACAAGACCAUCUAUUUUACAGCCAAAGUUCAUAACAACGAGCAACGUUAAGAAUUGCACUCAAACCAUCCAACCUGCUACACCUGGUGCCAUAACACUGAUUCAAUCAACAGGGAGUGAUUCAGCGCGAAGACUGUUACCCAGCUCAAUAGCAUCGCGGUUAUUCAAGAAGCAAUCACAUAAUAACGUGACUAUUCAAGGACAGCCAGUUCAGAUUGCAAGAUCAAACACUGCAACAAUUGCCCUAAGUAACGCUGGAAUCCUAACGCAACUUGGUAUUGGAAGUGCUCAGUUAUCUGCUCAGAAAGUUACUCCACAACAAGCGCUAUCCUCGUCAUUAACACAAUUACAGCCUCAAACUAGACAACCGACUUCCGCUUCAGCAAAUACAUCAACAGCUGUAACAAUGGUAACCCUUAGCAACACGGCAUCACCAAUUCCAAUCAUGACAUCGACUGGAAAUAGAUCCACUUCAAAUCGAGCACCUGUUGUUCCUCUUCAGCCACCAAUUCAGGUUCGCAUGGUUCAAUUUCCACAAGGUUCUCCAGCACUACAGCAACAUCAAAUUACACUACAAUCUCAAGUAAAUGCCUCACAAAAUACUGUAACCCGAACACCUGGAAGACCAAACUUGAGACGUCGACCGUCGCAUCAAUCAAACACGCCAAAUAAAUGAUGUGGAGAUGUCAUUCAUUGAAUGACAUCAUUGGAAAUUUUAUAGAUAGGUUCAAUAAAGAUGUACUAGCUACAUGUAGAGCGAAUGGCAAUAGAAAAAAAUUUGCAGAGUAAUUUUAUUCGUGUAUCGAAUAUUACUUUGAAUCAGUAAUAACAACGCCUCUUAUAAAAGA